UCCUCUGACAUCGACCAAGAAUUGUUCACUGAAAGUUACUGCAAGGUGUGCAGUGCCCAGCUGAUCUCCGAGUCCCAGCGUGUGGCCCACUACGAGCUCUGUGAUGUGGAAUUAUAACAUUACGGUGCUGUUGUUCUCUGGGGCAGUUGGAAAGGGUGAUUCAAAGGAAACAUUUACAUGCUAACAGCUCCCCAUGUGUCUGCUGCCCAUAUGCUGGGUGCAGUUAUUUUGUGGCUGCAGGCUUUCCCCCCCUGCAUCUGGUGGAAGACAAGACCUGAUAGUCGGAAGCAUGCCAGCAAAGUCCGCCUGUACUACAUGCUUCACCCCGUGGAUGGAGGCUGCCCGGCCAAAAAGCUGCGCUCAGAAAAUGGCAGUGAUGGUGACUCAGUGGAUAAGAACAAAUGCUGCACACUAUGUAACAUGUCCUUUACCUCAGCAGUGGUGGCAGAAUCGCAUUACCAAGGGAAAAUCCAUGCCAAAAGGUUAAAACUGUUGCUAGGGGAGCAACCAGCACUGAAGACCACAGAGGCUGCUCUGGGCCCGCUGAAGCCGGCGCACACGGAGAGCGCCGCGGCCGUGCCGCCGCCGCCGCAGCGCCGCGACUCGGACAGGUACUGCCAGCUCUGCACAGCCUGGUUCAACAACCCCCUGAUGGCACAGCAGCACUACGAGGGCAAAAAGCACAAGAAGAACGCGGCCAGGGCCGACCUCCUGGAGCAGCUGGGGAAGACCCUGGACCUGGGGGAGCUGCGAGGCCUGAAGCGCAGCUACACCUGCAACAUCUGCAACGUCACCCUGAACUCCAUAGAGCAGUACCAUGCACACCUGAAGGGCUCCAAACACCAGACCAACCUGAAGAACCAAUAGUGGCUCAUCAGUGGAGAAGAGGAUAAGCACUAAUGCUGCUUCUGUGGAGGGGAGCAGGUCAGCAGGAGAGGAAGCUUUCUUGGACAGUGAUCCUAUGUGGAUUCAAUAAUUAACAUGUAACUAACCUUUGCUUUGGACAAGUACAUGGAUUUUUUUUUAUUUUGUGGUGAGUUAAAAUAUUUUGAUGGAUUUUUUUACCCUUUCAAGACAAUAUUUAUUCAGCACAGAGUCUAGAGUAUGAUAACUAUCCUGUAAAUACAUCACUUACUCAUCAGUCAUCAUCUUCAGGGACAGUGGAAACAAACUAUUUUACUUUUUCAUAUUUAUUCCUAGAUUUCUCCCAAGAGUAUAAGAUUAUUCUACUGCAUUAUCCAUGAUAGUGAUGUAAUCAGUCUUCAAUCAGAAAUAAACACACUUUCUUCACCUUCUCCA